AUGUCUUCAGGUGACGAUCCUCCUUGUAGAUCAUUUGCCUCAAAGUUAUCUAGAAAGAAGUUGAGUGUUAAUCCUAACAAAUCCAGACAGCCUGAUAAAGGUGAGGGACAGAGAUCAGUUCCACUAGUUAUUCCUUCACCACCACCACCCAGGAGUCAGCAACACUCCCCGAGUGAGAAGGGUCAGGGUCAGUCAGAUCCACCUACUGUUGUACCAUCACCCUUGCCUGGCUACUUCCCUCCUCCAUCGAUGAGUGCUCACUUUCCUUCUCCAGAUCAGGCACAUACAGCUCCAUUCUAUCCAUAUUACCCCCCACCAUCAUCACAGGCAGUAGGUCCAUCCACUAGUCCUCACCCUCCUUACCCCUACCCAUAUUAUUACCCAUAUCCGAUGCAACCAGAACAUGGUGGAUCAUCUAGACCAGCAGAGAUUGAUACUGGGGAUUAUGCAGCUAUAGCAGAUAAGCGUCAAUACAUUGAGCCUGAGGGCGAUAAGUUUCUGGCUGCUAACCAGUGGCUAAAUCGCCGGAAACUUCGAUACCGGAUAGCUGAUUGA